GCGGGGCGAGCCCGGGACGCGCCUGGUGGCCGCUCAGCCUCCGCAGAGCGGGGCGACGCGGGAGCCGCACUUGCCUGGUCUGCGCGUCCGACGGUCCCAGCCCCGGCGGGCGGACCGCGGCCGGGCGGCGGGGCUGCGAGGACCGGGCUGCCCGAGAGCGCCGAGAGCCCGGCCCGCGCCUCCGCUGCCGCGACGAGGAGCCGGGCGGGCGGCGGGCGCGCUCCCUGCGGCCCCGGGAUGACUUCUCGGGGCUCCCCUCUGGCGCCCCUGCUGCUCCUCUCUCUGCACGGUGUGGCAGCUUCCCUGGAAGUCGCAGAGAGCCCUGGGAGUGUCCAGGUGGCCCGGGGUCAGACGGCAGUCCUGCCUUGUACUUUCACUACCAGCGCUGCCCUCGUUAACCUCAAUGUCAUUUGGAUGGUCAUUCCUCUCUCCAAUGCCAACCAACCUGAACAGGUCAUUCUGUAUCAGGGUGGACAGAUGUUUGAUGGUGCCCCCCGGUUCCACGGUCGGGUAGGAUUUACAGGCACCAUGCCAGCCACCAACGUCUCCAUCUUCAUUAAUAACACUCAGCUCUCAGACACAGGCACCUACCAGUGUUUGGUCAACAACCUUCCAGACAGAGGGGGCAGGAACAUUGGGGUCACCGGUCUCACAGUUUUGGUUCCCCCUUCUGCCCCACACUGCCAGAUCCAAGGAUCCCAGGACAUCGGCAGCGAUGUCAUCUUGCUCUGUAGCUCAGAUGAAGGCAUUCCUCGACCAACUUACCUUUGGGAGAAGUUAGACAAUACCCUCAAACUACCUCCAACAGCCACUCAGGAUCAGAUCCAGGGAACAGUCACCAUCCGGAACAUCAGCUCACUCUCUUCAGGUCUGUACCAGUGCGUGGCUUCUAACGCCAUCGGAACCAGCACUUGUCUUUUGGAUCUCCAGGUGAUUUCACCCCAGCCCAGGAACAUUGGACUAAUAGCUGGAGCCAUUGGCACUGGGGCAGUUAUUAUCAUUUUUUGCAUUGCACUAAUUUUAGGGGCAUUCUUUUACUGGAGAAGCAAAAAUAAAGAGGAGGAGGAAGAAGAAAUUCCUAAUGAAAUAAGAGAGGAUGAUCUUCCACCUAAAUGUUCUUCUUCUGCCAAAGCAUUUCACACUGAGAUCUCCUCCUCAGAGAACAACACGUUGACCUCUUCAAAUACAUACAACAGUCGAUACUGGAGCAGCAAUCCAAAAGUCCACAGAAACACGGAGUCAUUCAACCACUUCAGUGACUUGCGCCAGUCUUUCUCCCUCCACUCAGGCAAUGCCAAUAUCCCAUCCGUCUAUGCUAAUGGGACCCAUCUGGUCCCAGCUCCACAGAAGACUCUGGUAGUGACAGCCAACAGAGGCUCACCACCACAGGUCAUGUCCAGGAGCAAUGGCUCAGUCAGCAGGAAGCCUCGGCCUCAGCACACACACUCCUACACGGUCAGCCAAGCAACCCUGGAGCGAAUUGGCGCUGUCCCUGUCAUGGUGCCAGCCCAGAGUCGGGCCGGGUCCCUGGUAUAGGACGUGAGCAGGAUAGAGUGUUCAGAAAAGAAUCAAUGGACUGCCCCAU